AUGUCACCACUCACACAAGACUCUUUCGAUCCGAACCUUCAUUAUAUACCAAGAAGAGCAGUCGCAGAAACGCUCCAACCGAACGAAACGCAAAAGAUAACCUUGAUCGUAGCUGGAUGUUACGUAGCUGUUAUUGCUAUAUGCAUGGUAUUACCAAUCCUAGAAAAGCUUAUAUACCCUUUCAAGCUACUAACCGUUGGAAUGCAUGAAAUGUCACACGCGCUAGCAGGUGUACUCACUUGUGCAUCGGUUGAAAAGAUCUGUCUCGAUCCUCAAGAAGGUGGUUCCACAAGGAUGAGAGGUGGAAUACCUGCCAUCACCCUUCCAGCUGGAUAUCUAGGCUCAUCAUUCAUUGGAGCGUGCCUCAUAGCUUGCGGCUUCGAUACGAAUGCUUCGAAAAUAGCUUGUUUGAUCUUAGCGUUUUUCUGGAUAUUAACCCUCUGGUGGGCUAGGUCAAGUUGGAUAGCAUGGGCUACUAUAGCUUUAAUGGCUGGAUUGAUCAUUAUAUGUUGGGUUGUGGCUCACUCAGUGGCAUUGAGGUUCCUGAUUCUGUUUAUCGGAGUCAUGUCUUGUCUGUAUGCAAUUUGGGAUAUUGUUGAUGACACCCUAGCCAGGAAGGUGAACACUUCUGACGCAUCAGAGUAUGCCAAUAUCAUUGGAUGUUGUGGAUCCAGAUUUUGGGGAGCAUUCUGGCUACUCAUUUCAUGCGUGUUUUUCACAGUCGGCAUCAUAGUGGGCAUAGUAGCGUUCAAAGACGAUUGGGACACGCAAGCUGCUCGAGCUGAUACUUUCUUGGGAGGAACCCCGUGA